AUGUGCUGUGGUUGGACAAAAGUAGAGCUAGAUCUGCUUGAGCCAUCGCAGGGUCUCUCUCUGGAUGUUUCCAUCGGCUUCCUUCUUCGGAUCACUAACCUCGCAGACAUUGUCAUCUUCAGCACACCCAUCAACCUGGCUUCACUGGAAAAGGAGACCGGCAUGGCUCCUGGUGGCAUCCUCCGCCAGUGUCUUCGCCUAGGUACCCCCUCCAUUUGGUUAUCCUCUCUUGUAUUGAACGCAUUACUGUUACUUCUUCUGAUUGUUUUAAACGCCUUUUUGCGGGUCUCGAGUAGGUAA